UAUUCAUUGAGUCCUAUACAGACCAUGUGCAAUGUCCACACACUCAACUCUUACUGGUAUAUAGUGUUGGGUCAACAAGGCAAGUAUGAAAUAUUUUCUUGAAAGCAAAGUUUUGGCUCCACAGUCUCUCCAUCGCAGAGGUCACACAAACUUAUUUUAUCAUCAUAUUGUCUAUAAAACGUUCAUUUAGAUAUAGGCAUGUAAUAUAUUGUUAUCAUUUCAUUCAGUCUCAUAUGAUUGAUGAUAUUCUCACAACUUAGAAUCCUUCAUAAAAUAUAUCGUAUUGCUAGGUGUACAUGAGCAUGCGAUUUUUAAUGAAAACAUUACAAACUGUGAGAGGAGCAUACAUUGGUAAAUACUCUAUCAUAACGAACACAAUAACAGCUGGUUCACUAGGAUUUCUUGGCGAUGCUGUUGCACAAAAAUCAGAAAGAAAAUUUUCAACAGAACGGGAGUGGGACAAAAAGAGAACUGCUAAUAUGGCUCUUGUGUGUACAGUUGCUGGUCCAGUUAUGCACAUAUGGUACAAAUUUCUAGAUGGCAAAUUCCCUGGAAGAUCACCGGGUAUCGUUGCAACAAAAGUGAUGAUUGAUCUACUGAGCGGGCCAAUUUGGUAUGGAUGGUUUAUUGGAGGGCUAAGCACACUUCGUGGAAAUACAUUGCCACAGACAGUACAAGAGUUCAAAGACAAACUUCCAAUUAUUAUAGCUAUAGAUUUAACACUGUGGCCAAUUUUUCAGGGGAUGAAUUUUGCAUUAUUUCCACCUCAUUAUAGAAUAUUAGUGUUGAAGUGCAAUGAACUUGUAUUUGAUGUAAUUUUCUCUCAUAUUGCUAAUCAUGAAUACACAUUUUCAUCUCUUUUUACAAAGAUUAAAAAAAUGUUUCAACGCAAGAGUGCAGAUUAAAAAUGUCAUUUAGUAUUCUCUGUAAUCCUUCAGAAAUGUGGAAUGGCGAACCACUUUUAA